UUCAUUAUUUUUGACGACACUCGCGUUUGAGCUGGACUUGAUUUCGCAAUUGAUUUUCAACUUUGUUUUCGUUUAUUUGUUCAACCCACAGUGUUUUAUAAUAAUUGUUUUGUUUUUAUUGGUAAAAUGUAUUUCAUUGGAAGAACUCUUAUUAUUGUGGUUUUAUGUUUUUUAACAUUUUGUGAAUCCGCUCAGUAUGAAGAAAAAUAUAUAACAGUCCCACUUGAUCAUUUUGGAUUUGCAUCUGAUAAACCUUUCAAACUAAGAUAUCUCAUUAAUGAUACAUUCACCAAUGGAAAUGUCAAUUCACCAAUACUUUUCUAUUGCGGCAAUGAAGCUAAUGUUGAAAUUUUUGCCAAACAAAUUGGAUUCAUGUGGCAAUUCGGUGAAAAAAUUAAUGCUCUCAUUGUAUUUGCUGAACAUCGCUACUAUGGAAAGUCACUACCUUUUGGAAACGACUCAAUGAUCGGUAGAGAUCACUUUGGAUAUUUAUCAACUGAACAGGCUUUGGCAGACUUUGCUGAAUUGGUGGUUCAUUUGAAUCAGGAAGCUUCGACACCAAGAUCUGUUAUAUCAAUUGGAGGCUCUCAUGGUGCAAAUUUAGCAGCUUUUUUUCGAAUGAAAUAUCCACAUUUGGUGGCAGGAGCUUUAGCAUCAUCGUCAACUUUAAAAAAGUUUUCCAAUAUAACUUCAUGUGACAAAUACUCUCAGAUUAUAACGAGUACUUUUAAAAAUGCAUACAAUGAACAUUGUACAGAAAAUAUAAAGAAAUCAUGGACAGUUUUAAAGGACGUUGCAUUUGCGGAAUAUGGAGUUCAAUUUUUUAAUGAAGUUUUCAACUUUUGUGAACCCUGGAAAGCUGCAGAUCCAGUCAAUAAUUUUAUUUAUGAAUUAAAUAGUAUAUACUGGCACAUGGCCAUGACAAACUAUCCUUACGAAGCUGACGUAUAUACUUUUCUACCAGCAAAUCCGAUCCGGAAGUUCUGUUCUAAUCUUGAUGAGAACUAUGAUGGCCAGGAAUUGGUCAAGGCUUUGCGAAGGGCUUUGGAUGUGUACGCCAACCCAAAAGGUGAAAAGAAAUGUUUCGAAUUUCCUAAGCGCAGACUUAUGCAGGAGUCUGAUCAAAAAGCAUGGUCUUUUCAAAGGUGCACUGAACUAAUAACUGGAAUGUGUGAGGGAACAAAUAAUAACAUGUUUCCUCCCGAUAACAAUAAUUUACAAGAAGAAAUUAAAGGAUGUAAAUCAACUUAUGAUUUGCCAGUCGAACGAUAUGUGAACAGGAUAAGGGAUCAUUUUGGUGUUGAAAAAUUAAAAACUGCAACAAAUAUCAUAUUUUCAAAUGGAUUAUUAGAUCCGUGGAGUGCUGCAGGAGUUCUAAGAACACCCAACGAUGAAUCAAUUGUGAUAAAUAUUCCUGAAGGUGCACAUCACAUAGAUUUAAGAUACUCCAAUCCAUUGGAUCCACCGUCAGUCACUCAGGCAAGAGAAGUUGAAGAACUUUAUUUGAAAAAAUGGAUAAGACAAUUCCGACGAAAAACUUAUAAUUUUAUGUAAACAUAAUAUUGGAUUGUUAGAAUAGAGUGCAAGUUGCUUAAAGUUUUAAAGCUUUGAAUGUAUAGAUUUAAUAAAUGUUAAUUUAAAAAAAAAAAAUAAACAAUUUGAAGAAAAGUUUGAA